AUGCAGUCUCCGUCUAUCCGUAUUCGAUGUCGCGAUUUCACCUUUGUCACCUUCAACUUUGUCGACAAUGAUGUCGCCCGUGAAGCCUUUGACUUUAUCAAGUCGAGGACCUGCAAGCUUGGCACCGUGGAAAAACUCUAUGCGUUCAGCCACAGACCUCUUAAAAAUGAAAAGGAAAUGAAUGGGUGGGAGUUCUACGACCCCAAGGCUGAGUUCCGGAGGCAAGGUAUCAGCGAAAAGUUGCCUGACAAGGGCUGGAGAGUUACUACAAUCAACAAGGAUUAUACGUUUUGCGAUACUUACCCGGCCUUCCUUGUUGUACCCUCCAAGAUCUCGGAUAAUGUCCUCAAAUACGCCAGAGACUUUCGUUCUCGGAAUCGUAUUCCCGUCUUAACCUAUAUUCACCCCAUCAACAACUGCACAAUUACGAGAAGCUCCCAACCACUAGCGGGCAUUACCAGAAGGACAAAUGUGCAAGAUGAGAGACUUGUCGCAGCAUCUUUCUCCGCCUGGAUGCCUGGUGGAUCGGAGGAAUCUACACCACCUGCGAGCCAACAGGAACCUGCGGACAGUAGCAUGUUGGAAGCAUCGUUAUCAGAUAUGGAGCGCUACGAAGAUGAAUUAAUCUCGCGGUCAGCCGCCAUCUACGAUGAAAAGACGGGCGAAACGAGGAUAUACGGGCGACAGCAGGCCAAUAUGAUUGUCGACGCUCGCCCCUCGAUUAACGCCAUGGUCAAUCAAGUCCAGGGCAUGGGAUCUGAGAACAUGGAUAAGUACAAGUUUGCCACCAAGACUUUUCUCAGUAUUGGGAAUAUCCACGUCAUGCGUAACUCGCUGAAUAGAGUGGUGGAGGCCCUCAAGGACUCUGACAUAUCUCCCCUUGCCCCAAAUCGAGACCUUCUGCAUCAAAGCAACUGGUUGCGACACAUUCAUGAAAUUCUCGACGGUUCGGCCAUUAUCACCCGUAGAAUUGGCAUCAACCACUCGCACGUGCUAAUUCAUUGCUCAGACGGAUGGGAUCGCACUAGUCAAUUGAGCGCUUUAGCACAAAUCAUGUUGGAUCCUUACUUCAGGACAAUAGAAGGCUUCAUUGUUCUAGUGGAGAAGGAUUGGCUAUCAUUUGGCCACAUGUUCAGGCUCCGGUCUGGACAUUUGAACCACGAGGACUGGUUCACAAUCCAGAAGGACGCCUUGGCUGGAUCCAAGGUCCAACCUGGGGAAAAUGACGGUCGAAACGAUGCGCUUCAGAAUGUUCUCACUGGCGCUAGACGCUUCUUCAACCCGAACAAGGAUGAGGCUGACUUGGACACGGCCAGCGAGGUCACUUCUGGAAAAGUAGUCGACGAGGAGGCCACCACGCCAAAGAUGGUGAGCCCUGUGUUCCACCAGUUCCUCGACUGUACCUAUCAGUUGAUCAAGCAGAACCCUACCCGUUUUGAAUACAAUGAACGCUUUCUCCGCCGUCUUCUUUAUCACCUCUACUCCUGUCAAUAUGGAACAUUCUUAUACAACUCUGAGAAACAAAGGAAAGAUGCUAGGGUUAGUGAGCGGACGUCCUCUGUCUGGGACUACUUCCUAUGCCGAAAGCAAGAAUUUACAAACCCCGACUACGAUCCCACUGUCGAUGAUCGCAUCAGAGGUAAAGAGAGGAUUAUUCUGCCGAAUCUCAAAGAAAUCAGAUGGUGGCAUCAAGUGUUUGGCCGCACCGAUGAUGAAAUGAAUGGGGCUCUGAAUGCUGCUGCCGCUGCCGAGAAUGGCCGCCUUGCAGCAGUGUCAAGUUUACAAGGUUGCCCCCGUCCAGAUCAAAUUUCGCGAUCGGCUUCAGGAACACCGAAACCUCCGGGCUUGGGCAACACCCACUCCGUAUUGACAGCAGUGGAAACUGCGCACGAGACAAUCACAUCAGAUAACAAGCAUUCUGCAUUGCGCCGCAGCGCAUCUGCCGAAGGUCCAAACGCCUUUGCAGCCAUUCGGGAUGGUCUGUCAGGGUUGAACAUUGGCAAAAGCAUACUAAGCAACCUCGGUCGUGCGGAGGCUUCUGGAUCAGCCAUAGCUCCGCAUACGGAGCAAGAGAUGCGCGAGAUGACAUAG